UGAAUAUUGAAUUACAAUUUGUUACGCUUUGCGCAAAUAUUGGAACUGCUGCGCUUCAUAGGCUGCUGCGUUGCCCACUUUUGUUAUACAGUCAUACAUAUUGUUAUUAAAAGAUAAUAAGUAAGACUAACAGGCUAUUACGGAAUAUUGACGCUGAGGUUGGAAACACGAAAGUGCUCUUUUGAUAUUGUAGGCUAUAUGGAUAUAUAAUAAAGACCCCUGGGAUCCAUCCAUCCAUUGGAUAGAGAAUGUAACAUUUGCCCUCAUUCGUUAGAGGCGUAUUGCGUUGUUAUUUGUCAGUGUAUGCUGACGAUAUUAUGCUAUGCAUUUUAUUGUUAUAUACAGUACCAUGUGUGUCCAGACAUGUGUCAUUUAUUUUGCCACUGUCCUGCACCUUUCUACAAGUUACAGCUAUGAUGUGUGAUUAAUUUUCUUGAUAUAAAUUGUAUCAUUUUCCAUCAUUUUUGGGGGAAACUGAUCAUGGAAAUUCACAUGUGAAUGAAUAAUCACAUCAUUCACAUUCGGCGUACUCAGACCCACAUUUGAACUUGAUGACGGUCUCUCUAGAUUUCAAAUGAAUGAUUAAUAGAUUGUAUCACUGAUAUAUUAAUCGUAUAUUAAUAUAUUAAUCAACGUUGUAUUUAUAACUCUGUAAUAACCGUAUUAUAUUGGCGUUACUGCAAGUGAAUGUGCGUUAUAGAUUCAUUAUUCGAAUUAUUAUUUAAUUGACAAAGAUGGCAGAGCAUUUACAGCCAUUUAUUGUAAUAAUUCCUGGUUAAGUGAGGGAAAGUCAUUACUAGAGUGGAGUUCUUGAUACACUAGUUUUGGCAAUGCAGUACUUUAAACUUCAAACUCAGGCUAACAAGGAGCGAAAAGGGCCUGGUGGUGCUCCGGAACAGUGUGGGCUCUGAGUCGGAGGCCUCCAGCGUGUUUCAACAGGGACCUCAGUUGGAGUAUGGUCCGGCCAACAUCCUUGCUCCUGGGUGGGCUAUUUGGUUUGAUGUGGGUAAUACCGGUUUUGAUGACACCUACAACAUUGGCCCAGUGCACGUCGUUGAAGACAUUGGAAACCAAACUCACCGACAGAAGACGCAACUUGAAGCACAAUUUCCCCAUUAAUUACACCAUCAGAGUUCACUAUGAAGAGCUGUUCAAGCUCAGCAAUAUCAGCAGGCUGAGGGUGAGGGUGGAUGAUCUGGAGGAGGGGGACCUGCAGGAUGUGUGGCUGUUGGUCAACCAAGAGGUGUUGAAGAGGAUCUUGAGAGUCCUGCCAGUGAGACACCCCUCCUACAAGUACACCUCCGAUCUGGAAGAUCUCUUCAGGAAGAUCCAGCAGGUGUUCCCACCACAGAGUGAUGAGAGAGAGCCCCCAGAGCGAAUAGAGGAGAUCUACAAUAGAGUGAAGGAGCCCAACUCAAAAGGGUGGAGGUUCGUGACCCCCAAAUCCCUGUUGGAUAACUGCUAUAGGACAAUGCACUGUCUCUUCAAAAACUGCUUUCCCAGUGAAGAUGGAGAGCAAGACUAUUGUAGCUCUCUUCACUGGCGGAAGGGCAGAAAGAGACAACUACAGGCAACCUGAGGUGGACGCUAUUUCCAAACACUGCAAAUAUACACUGAGUGUAAAAAACAUUAAGUACACCUUCUUAAUAUUUAGUUGCACCCCACCCGUUUUUGCCCUCAGAGCAGCCUCAAUUCGUCAGAGCUUGUUGACUCUAAUGCUUCCCACAGUUGUGUCAAGUUGGCUGGAUAUCCUUUGGGUGGUGAACCAUUCUUGAUACACACAAGAAACUAUUGAGCGUGAAAAACCCAGCAGAGUUUUAGUUCUUGACACAAACUGGUGCACCUGGCACCUACCACCAUACCCUGUUCAAAGGCACUUCAAUAUUUUGUCUUGUCCGUUCACACUCUGAAUGGCACACAUAUACACUCAAUGUCUCAAUUGUCUCAAGGCUUAAAAAUCAUUCUUUAACCUGUCUCCUCCCCUUCAUCUACACUGAUUGAAGUGGGUUUAGCUAACACGUGACAUCGAUAAGGGAUCAUAGCUUUCACCUGGAUUCACCUGUUCAGUCUAUGUCAUGGAAAGAGCAGGUGUUCAUAAUGUUUUGUACACUCAGUGUAUGUCCAAUGUUGCAGUUGAUCUGUAUGCCAUACCCCUCCCGUGUGAAGUUCUGAUGUUGUUGCACCAACAAUAUGCCCUGAAAACUAUUACCAACGGUAUGCAACCCAAACGUCAUCUGUUGCUAUGGAUGCCACAGUAAAUACAUUCCCUGUGGACUUUGCAGCUUUAUCCACUCACUGUUAUUGUCACAGCUUGCCUACAGUUUUGUUUACUUAUCAUUCUUUGCCUCCUAUGUUGUAUACUACUUUGAAAGAGAUAUUUUAUAGUUUUCAUAUGUGUACUUAUAAUAUAUUGUCUGCUGAUGUUUAUGUUCUGUGUUUUGAUUGUGGGUUCGACAUGUGUUUAUACAUUUACAUUUACAUUUUAGUCAUUUAGCAGACGCUCUUAUCCAGAGCGACUUACAAAUUGGUGCAUUCACCUAUAAUAUCCAGUGGAACAACCACUUUACAAUAGUGCAUCUAAGUCUUUUAAGGGGGGGGUUAGAAGGAUUACUUUAUCCAGUUGUAUGGUAUAGUGCAGGUGGCUAUGCUCAAGCAGAGAGCUACAGUGUAUGGCAUUUCUAUACUUUUUUUGCAAUCUGGGAACACUUGUUGGUGACAGGUAUUAACAACUGCUGCCAAUAUAUUCAAAAAUAAGAACAGAACCCAAACAUAGCUACUUUCAGGACUGUUGUCGUCUUCUUUUGCUCAGUUUUUAGAGCAUGGCGCUUCCUAUGUCAGGAUAGUGGGUUUGAUUCCCAGGACCAUCCAUACUUAAAAUGCAUGCACGCAUGACUGUAAGUCACUUUGUAUAAAAGCGUCCGCUAAAUGGCAUAUACUGAACAAAAAUAUAAACGCAACAUGCAACAACAUGGAAUAACUGGUUCAUUCUCAGCUUCCAGAAACUGUGUACAGAUCCUUGCGACAUGGGGCAGUGCAUUAUCAUGCUGAAACAUGAGAUGAUGGCGGCGGGUGAAUAGCACGACAAUGGGUCUCAGGAUCUCGUCACGUGAUCUCUGUGCAUUCAAAUUGCCAUAGAUAAAAUGCAAUUGUGUUCAUUGUCUGUAUUUUAUGCCAGCUCAUACCCUAAUCCCACCGCCACCAUGGGGCACUCUGUUCAGAACUUUGACAUCAGCAAACCGCUCGCCCACACAACGCCAUACACGUGGUCUGCGGUUGUGAGGCCAGUUGGACAUACUGCCAAAUUCUCUAAAAUGACAUUGGAGGUGGCUUAUGGUAGAGAAAUUAACAUUAAAUUCUCUGGCUACAGCUCUGGUGCACAUUCUUGCAGUCAGUAUGCCAAUUGCACACUCACCUUUUAAUGUCCCCAGCACAAGGUGCACCUGUGUAAUGACCAUGCUGUGUAAUCAGCUUCUUGAUAUGCCACACCUGUCAGGUGGAUGGACUUUCAGGGAAAAGGAGAAAUGCUCACUAAGAGGGAUGUAAACAAAUUUGUGCACAAAAUCUGAGAGAAAUAAGCUUUUUGUGCGUAUGGAAAAUGUAUGGGAUCUUUUAAUUCAGCUCAUGAAACAUGGGACCAACACUUUACAUGUUGCCUUAAUAUUAUAGUGAAUGUGUUUGACGUUUAAGCAAUUAUGAUAUUUCUUUUUUCUAUGUUUUUAUAAUUGAUUUACGAUAUUUUGCUGACUUGCAGGCUUUGUCAGUGAAUUCCAGCAAUGUCCAGCCACUCAUGGUUUUGUCACUGCUUAUUGAUGCUGAAAUAAAGCUAUUUGUGCAAUCUAUUCACAGGUUCAACAUGUUGAGAGUUGGGACACACUGCAUUUCUUGUAUGGUUACAUUAAAAGAAAGAGUUUCUAUAUACACAA